AUGUCCGACAUCGAAAACAUGUCCUUCGAAGACCCGUGGAGCGCGUCGGAAGACGAUGAGGAGUCGAGCGCGUCGGAAGACGAGGAGGAGCCCUCCGCCUUCUGUAAACACCUGUUGAAAGAGCUCCGCCGGGCCUAUGACCAGCUCGUGGAAAAAAGAGUCGAGCUCCGGCAAGUGAACGCGGCGCACGCUGAGACGGCGCGAGCGCUCUUGGAAGGGAGGAACAUGUCGUUCAACCCGAACGAGCAGCUCGCAAGCGUGAUCUUGUCCCACGUCCACGACCUUCCAACGCGCCUGGCGCUGUCGCAGGUGGACAAAACCUUCCUCGCGGCUUCGAAGCAAGACGCGAGCUUGCCGGGCCCGGAGGUGUUGUUCGCGUUCGCCGAGAGGUGUGAGGAUUACCGUAUUUCCAGUGGUAUAUACGAUUUCAAGCCGUGUAUCCAGUGGUGCGAACGAGCGUACGCGGCGGGUCACCCCGAUGCGAUCCUUCAGCUCGGGUUUUGCUACUACUACGGCAACGGAGUCGAGCGUGACUACGCGAAAGCUUUCGAGUUGUUCAGCGAAGGCGCCGAGAAGGGCUGUGCAUAUGCCAUGUACUGGAUCGGCCAGUGUUACCAUUUAGGCGACGGUGUCGAGCAAGACAUGCCCACGGCGAUCGAAUGGAAUCGCAAGGCUGCGGCGAAAGGUAACAGGCAUUCACAGGCAUGGCUCGCAGAACACGACGACUUCGUGAACUUGUGA